AAGUUUCGUACAACAUUCUUAAGCUAUGUCUAACAAUGAAGUUGCAUCUGGGAUGAUUUAUGUGAAAUUCAGGCCUCACCUUCUUAUGUUAUUCAUUCAGAUGCUUCUGUCGUUUCUCUAUUUUCUUGUAGAGGCUUCAUUAAGCAAAGGGAUGAACCCUCAUGUCUUUGUUACCUAUAGGCACGUUAUUGGGGGCAUAGCUGUGCUUCCUUUUGCUUAUGUUCGUGAAAGAAAAUUAUGGCCAAAGUUGACUAUGACAAUGUUCAUUGAGCUAUUUUUUCUUUCCCUCUUCGGGACCAGUCUUACCCUGAACAUGUUUUUCGCAAGCUUGAAAUAUACCACUCCUUCCUUUGAUGCAUCCAUGACUAACACAAUCUCAUCCCUUACUUUUAUACUUGCAGUUGCACUCAGAUUAGAGGUUGUUGAUGUUAAGAAGCCUCGUGGAGUGGCUAAAGUUUUUGGAACCCUGUUAUCUUUGAUUGGUGCAUUGAUAAUGACUUUGUAUAAAGGGCAUACGAUACAAAGCUUACGGGGUGCCCCGUUCCACGUCAGAGGCAAUUUUGUUCAUAAUAACUGGAUUAAAGGAUCACUUUUGUCUGGUGCAAGUUGCAUAUCAUGGUCUUUAUGGUUCAUACUACAGGCAGUCAUAGCGAAGAAAUAUCAAGCACAACUGUCUCUAACAGUUUGGAUAAAUUGCAUGGGUGCAGCACAGUCUGCCAUCUUCGCUGUAAUCGUGGAACACAGACCUAGAGCAUGGCUCAUUACAUCCACUGUGGAACUCUGUUGCGUUUUUUAUGCUGGAGCUAUAUGUGGUGGUUUUGUUAUAUUCAUCCAAUUCUGGACUGCAGAACAAAAAGGGCCAGUCUUUGUCAGUAUGUUUAAUCCCCUUGGAACAAUUUUGGUGGCUAUCUUAGCAUAUUUUCUAUUUGGUGAACAACUCCACACAGGCAGUUUAUUGGGAGUAGUGUUUGUGAUAAUUGGUCUAUACUUGCUGUUAUGGGGAAAAGAAAGUGAUCGAGAUUACAACUCACAGGAAUCUUCAGCAACAGAUGUUGAGCAGAGAGAAUGUAAGACACAAAUAAAGAUUUCGGAGCAAGAGGUACCGCAGAGGAACUUAUCACAGGACACCAAUUAACGGACGCAUGAUCCUAACAUUGCCCAAAACUAAUUAUUCUAACAAUAAGAUGCUUUUUGCUCUACGAUUGCUAGUUGUUUGUUGACUGCACAACCCCAAAAGCGUAAUUAGACGGCACGAUCACUUACUGAUUAUUAAAUGUAACUUUAGGAAUAAAACAUGACCCAGAGACAAAGUGGUAAAUUAAAUUCCUAUUAUUGAAAUAUUUAUAAAAUGUUGCCAACCUAUGACAGAUUUGAGCUUUCAUAAAGUAUUAGUAGACUUCG